AUGCUCGACCGGCCAGCAGCACAACCAGGUCCGUACGGUCCAAACAACCCUCCACCGCCUCCGUCCGAGCCUCCACCGCGUGGACCCAGGGAACGCGAGAACGUGGGUCGAAGUUCCGACGAUGUGGACAGCGAGAGAAUGCAAGACAGCGAGAUCGUGACCGUAGUCGUUCGCCUGCCCGGCGUCAAGAUCCGCGAGAUGAGCAAGAUUGGCGUGGUGAGCGGGCACGGUAUCGAGAGCGGUCACCGCUGCGUCGGGAGCCAGUCGACGUGGAACCGCAGCGAGAGGACCGGAAGCCGGAGAAGGCAGAGUACCAGCGGUGCUUUGCUUGUAACAAGAAAGGUUCGAGUUGGCCAGAUCAAGACUGAUGCUGAGGUGGCUGCGGAUGAGGCGAAGGCUAUGGCCGGCCGAUACGGUGGCCGCGAUGACGAUAGGCAUUGGUCGCCGAGACAAGAUGCUGCCUUCCGAAUUAGUCGCACGAGAGAUACCAGCCGACUGGAAGCUCACAUCCAGCAAGCGUACGGCCAAGAUCAAGAUGCGCAGCAACACCAUCAGGAGCACUUCGAUGAGGCGCCUUCGCGUUCAGAGUACUUCGUCGAGGACGAAGUGGACUGGGACGACGACGCUUUAGAGACGGCCCAUGUUGCUCCCGCGGUAAGAAUGAGUACCGGUCGGAAGAUGCCACAGCCUGAGUAUCCGAGGCAUGAGGAGCCUUACCGCCAUUACGAAGGUCCAGAAGCGCAUACUCCGACCGUCCAGCAUGCGCCAAUUCAGUCGGUGCACCGCAGACCCAGCCAAACGCCCAGUACAGCAAAGUCAGCCAAAGAGCCCAAGUUGGGCCUGCCGCACCUCCAAAACGCCGAUACAGCAGAGUUUCCACCGACCGUGCACGACCUCCGCGGCUACGAUUACCGUAUCUUCACCACAUAUGCCGCCAAGCCCAAGUCCCAGCGCUUCGUCAACGGCGCCAACGGAAAGAUCGCACCGGGCAUGUACGGCUCCGAGCAGCGUCACGACCUGGGGCUUUGCUUCACCACAUACCUUACGAAGAAACGCUGUGAGAUGGGUGUCAAGUGUCCCUGGCGCCAUCAUCCGCUUUCGAAUACUGAGAAGGCUUGGAUCAUCAAGUAUGGCAAACAGAAGGGAGAGGAGUUCAUCGAAAACGUGGAUCGGUGGUGGAACUUCCCCGAGACACCGGUGCCGGGUACGUCUAUGCAGGGCCUAGGUGACGGCGAGAACUAG